GAAAGUUAGGAACCCAAUUACCUGAACAAUAAAACAAAACAAGGAUUCAUUUUAUUUAGCCAUUUUCAUUACCUUUGGAAACUCCAAAAAUUCAAAUAUCACUCUUUCUUUUCACACAAUAUAUUUUUCUCAAAACCAUAAUAUUAUUUUUUUUCCUCAUUUAAAUUUUAUAUUUAUUUCCUCUUCUGUUUCAUCUAACCCUGCUAUUAUUUUAAACGAUGAAUUUUAUGUAAAUGGUGCAAAUUUGAAGUUUCUUUAGUUCUUGUUUUAUGCUCAGUUUCUCAAGCUUUAGUUUAAAUUCGAUUAUUUAGCUUAAAUUUUUCAUCUGUCAUUUACAAAAAUAAAAUAUUUACCAGUGUAGCAGUGAAUUUUGAGUGAUUUAGUUUGAAGAAAAUGAUGAGAUAUUGAUGUGUGAGUUAUUAAGUGUUUAAAAACAUGGAGGCUAGUGGCGGUGUUAGUGGUGGCGUUACGGUGGUCGGAUCGGAUGCUCCGUCGGAGUACCAUGUAGCUCCGAGAACCGACAACCAAACUCCAGCAACUGGAUCGGCGGCUCAUACUUCUACGGCGGUUCAAGGAAGUGAUCAGCCGCCUCCUCCGCCGCAUACGGCGGCGAUAUCGGCAUCACCGGCAGCUACGACGAUGCCGGAGAAGAAGAAGAGAGGUCGUCCGAGAAAGUAUGCACCGGAUGGUUCGGUGACGAUGGCGUUGUCUCCGAAGCCGAUAUCUUCUUCAGCUCCGUUGCCGCCAGUGAUCGAUUUCACGGCGGAGAAGCGUGGAAAAGUGCGGCCAGUUAGCUCAGUGAGCAAGGCCAGAUUUGAGUCGCACAAUAAUCAGUAUAUAGGUGAAUGGGUCCCUUGCUCAGUUGGUUCAAAUUUUACACCCCACAUCAUCACUGUUAAUGCUGGAGAGGAUGUUACUAUGAAGGUAAUAUCAUUUUCUCAGCAAGGGCCUCGAGCUAUAUGCAUUCUUUCAGCAAAUGGCGUCAUAAAAAGUGUCACGCUUCGUCAGCCCGAUUCUUCUGGAGGCACAUUGACAUAUGAGGGACUGUUUGAAAUUUUGUCUUUAUCUGGUUCAUUCAUGCCAAAUGAAAGUGGAGGAACACGAAGCAGAUCAGGGGGUAUGAGUGUUUCUUUAGCAAGUCCCAAUGGACGUGUUGUUGGCGGAGGAGUAGCUGGUCUGUUGGUGGCUGCAAGUCCAGUGCAGGUAGUGGUUGGUAGUUUUAUGGCAGGAAACCAACAUGAGAAGCCAAUAACUCAGAAACAUGAUAUCAUAUCAACUGUGACAUCUACCGCUGUUGUUCCCAUCACUGAUCCAAUACCUAUUCUAUCAUCAGCAUCUUCCUUCCGUGGAGAUAAUUGGUCUGCUGUGCCAGCACCGGAUAAAAAGGAUAACCCUUCUGCUGACAUUAACGUGUCACUUCCUGGAGGCUAAUUUCAAAGGGAUCCCUUAUAUUUGCAUUUAUACGAUGUGUAUGUGUGGAUUUGCGGUGAGAAUAGCAGAAUCAGGGAGUCACUGAUUUUGACAGAAACUAUACGUUCAUGUUUCAACAAAAUUACAGUGUCAAUUGAUUUUGACAAACUCACCGUUAAUAUAAACAUACACAUUCUGACAACGCUGUAAUGGGAUUCCUAAUUGUUGGCUUGUUUUUCCUUGUGUUGUUGUGCUGUAUAAGCUUAUUGAACUUUGUAUAAGGACCGGAAUGUUUUCAAUGUUUUACCAGGUUCCUGUUAUUGUAGAAUUUGAGUUAGCUGAUUAGAUAUGCUUUUUAAUGAUGAUGUCGUGUCUUGGAGAUUUUUGAUAUGAUAGUUCUUCCUAUUCGUGU